AUGCCGCGGAGUAUAACCUCAGAUACCGAGAAUGGCCUUCCUGAGAAAGAAUCAGCAAUGCACCUGGAGCGUCGGCCGGCAAAUGGAAUGUCGUUUGAGGACGAGGAGUUUCUAGCCAAUUUCUCGGACGACGAGCGGAAACAAGUCCUUAAGAAGGUCGAUUGGCGGCUUGUACCCAUGCUGGUGCUCUUGUAUUUGGUGGCGUAUAUUGACAAGACGAAUAUCGGAAAUGCCAAAAUUGAAGGACUGCUUCCUAGUCUCGGAAUGACCGGCGAGCAGUACAACAUCGCACUGGCCAUCUUCUUCAUUCCAUAUGUUCUAGCAGAGGUCCCAAGCAACAUCAUCCUCAACCACUUCAACAAGCCGUCCGUCUACCUGGGAACGCUGAUAUUCAUCUGGGGGGUUAUCAUGAUGUGCACAGGCUUCGUCCAGAGCUUCGGCAGCCUCGUUGCUAUCCGCUUCCUACUGGGCUUAUUCGAAGCCGGUUUCCUCCCCGGCGCAGUCCUGAUUAUCUCAAAAUGGUACCUGCCCAACGAAACACAAACCCGCAUCGCAAUCCUCUACACCUCAGCUGCAUCUGGCGGCGCAUUCUCCGGUCUUCUCGCCUUUGGAAUUGCCAAAAUGAACGGUCUUGCUGGCUACGAGGGGUGGAGAUGGAUCUUCAUAAUCGAAGGCCUCGCCACAAUCCUCCUCGCAAUAAUGUGUUUCUUCCUCCUCCUCGACUCACCCUCGCGGUCAACAUCGUGGCUGACCCCCCGCGAAAUCCGAUUCCUGGAACUACGCCAAAUCGCCAACAGCAUUGACGCCAGUCCCCAGUCUCCAGAUCCAGACACACCAGGGACGCAGACGAAACGUAAAACAAAUUACCCAGCAAUACUAUCCGUCCUCACAGACUGGAAAGUCUACCUCCUCAUCCUCGGGAGCUGGUCCAACGCGGUCCCAAACUACGCCAUGAAAUUCACCAUGCCCCAGAUCAUAACGGGGAUGGGGUUUGAGGCCGCGCGCGCCCAGUUACUCACGAUCCCGCCGUACGCGCUCGGUGCGUUCUCGGCGUAUAUCUUCUCGGUCUUCGCGGAUCGGUAUUCGUGGCGCAUGCCGUUUAUUGUGGUCCCGCAGGUUGCGCAGGUCGUGGCGUUUGCGGUCUUGUUUACCCAUGCUGAGAGCAUUGAGGAGAAUGUUGCGGUUUGUUAUUUUGGGGUUUGUUUGGCUUGUUUUGGGAUGUACCCCAUUCUCCCCGGAGUCAACGCGUGGAAUGUCUCCAACACGCCAGAUCCAACAAGACGAGCUAUUAGCAUCGGCUAUCUCAUCUGCAUGGGCAACGUGGGCGGGCUGAUUGGGAGCUUCAUAUACCGAGAAGACGAGGCACCGCGGUAUGUCACCGGGUACGGCAACUCGUUUGCGUUUGCGUCGGCGGGGAUUGUGGCCUGUUUCCUGCUUGAAUUUAUUCUGUUUAGGGUGAAUCGGCAGAGGGAGAGGAUGAGCGAGGUGGAUGUCAGGGAGAGAUAUAGCGACGAGGAGCUGAGGGCGAUGGGGGAGAAGAGUCCGUUGUUUCGGUAUGCGCUGUAG